CUGAAUCCGGGACACGCGCCGGUGCCGCCGCUGCUGCUACUGCUGCUGCUUCGCGAGGGACGCGCAGGAUGUCCGGGAUCGCGCUCAGCCGCCUGGCGCAGGAGAGGAAGGCCUGGAGGAAGGACCACCCCUUCGGCUUUGUGGCCGUCCCCACCAAGAACCCCGACGGUACCAUGAACCUCAUGAACUGGGAGUGCGCCAUCCCAGGGAAGAAAGGGACACCGUGGGAAGGAGGUUUGUUCAAGCUGCGGAUGCUCUUCAAGGAUGACUAUCCCUCUUCCCCGCCGAAAUGCAAAUUUGAGCCGCCUUUAUUCCACCCAAAUGUCUACCCUUCAGGCACCGUGUGUCUGUCCAUCCUAGAAGAGGAUAAGGAUUGGAGGCCUGCCAUCACAAUUAAACAGAUCUUGUUAGGCAUCCAAGAGCUCCUAAAUGAACCAAAUAUCCAAGACCCAGCUCAAGCAGAGGCUUACACAAUCUACUGCCAAAACAGAGUGGAAUACGAAAAGAGGGUCCGAGCACAAGCCAAGAAGUUUGCACCGUCAUAAGCUCCCAUCGCCGCCGUCGCCCAGCAUCUUUCAAGGAAGGGAUUUAAUUGGCAAGAACUUGUUUACAAAACUUUUGCAAAUCUAAUGUCGCUAUGUCCCACCAUUAAUAGUCACUUAGGGGAGGGGGUUGUCUGUGUGCCAUUUUCCAUAUCUGCCACUUGUAUACAGUUCUAAAUUGGCUGAAUUGCCCCCCGUUUUUCAUACAGGGUCUCUUCCUUCAGUCUUUUGUAUUUUUGAUUGUUAUGUAAAACUUGCUUUUAUUUUAAUAUUGAUGUCAGUAUUUCAACUGCUGUAAAACUAUAAACUUUUAUACUUCUAUAAAUUCACUAGUAUCUCUAGUUUCUUUGCUCUCUGAUGCAGGCAUGCGUUAAACUGUCUAGAAGACUAUUUUGCCUCGACUUGGCUGUAAGAAUAAAAGAAGCCCUCCGCCCCCUUUUUGUCUUUUCUCAGUAAGAAAUUAGGUUGUUGUUGCUUCAAAGCCUUGGAUCCAAAGUCAGCCAGCAUCUGGAUUCUGCAUCACUUCCUUUGUGUUUAUGGCGUUUUGUCUGUGUUGCUGUUUAGAGUAAAUAAACUGUUUCUAUAAA